CAAAUCACCAGCUCCUCAUUCAGGAAAAGAGCUCAUUCAUUAAACAGCCUUUGUGGAAGAGCAUCCUCAAUGAAGCUCUAUUUUAGUAUAGGUUCUCAUUCAUCAUCGAAUAUGGAGGAUUUCAUUUCAUCAAAACAAGUUGACUUGAGUGUCUCUCCUGGAAAACAGCCGCCGGUGCUGAGAUAGCUGAGAGCUUGUUCUCCUCUCCCGGCGUGGAGGUGGAUAUGAUCAACACCAUGGAGUGCGCAGUGGACGCGCAGAGCCUCAUCUCCAUCUCUUUGAUGAAGAUCCACAACUCCAGGACGCAGCGAGGAGGCAUCAAGCUGCACAAGAACCUGCUGGUCUCCUACGUGCUGAGGAACGCCAGGCAGGUCUACAUCAAGCAGAAGUACGCCGAGAUCUACCGGAUGCAGCAGUACGAGGAGGUGAUGACCGUCUGCAACGAGAUCCAGGAGCUGAACCCGCUGGAUCUGGACGCGGAAGAGGCGGACAGCGAGGAGCACGCGGGCGGAGGAGGCGACUCUCUUCGGCUCUGCGUGCCAGAGAAGCGGGCGGACAGCGAGCUCCCUCCCGGACUGCUCUUCUCUGGAGGACGGCUUAAGGACCAGGAAGCGUCCUACUACCGGAGCUGCUGCAUGGAGCCUCCUGUCCUGCCACAGUGUGACCAGUAUCCCGCCGCCACCGCCAGCAGCAACACGCACUGCAACCAGACCACGGUGCUGGACUUGGACACGCAUGUGGUGACCACGGUGGAGAACGGCUACCUCCACCAGGACUGCGGCUGCGACGCGCUCCAGUGCGGCCAGGGCGCGCAGUCGCCGGCCAAGAAGCGGAAGGUUGACUUCGGCUGCUGCGUGUGCGACGUGGAGGAGCUUUCGGACUGUUCUCUGACUCGCAAACGGGCGAAGCGAGAGGAGUGUUCCUACUCGUGCCCGGACUACACGGACACUUCCAACAUCUCCAACCUCAUCUCCAUCUUCGGCUCGGGGUUUUCGGGGCUGCUGAGCCGACAGGCGGACCUGGAGCAGAUCUGUAGCAAACAGGCGCUGGCCAGUCUGGGAGCGUGGACCCGGGCCAUAGUGGCUUUUUGACAAAAAACACUUUAUUAACAGGGAGACUGGGGUCCUGUUUGAAAACUCGUUGCUUCAAAAGAUUAAUGCAGACAAGUCUCGGUUUGAAUUUUUGGCAGCAAUGUGAUUGUUCCAUCCUGGUUCCAGUUGUAAUUUGGGUCACCAAACUUUUUCCUGUGUAAUCCCACAUUCCAGCUGUAAAACUUCAAAAAAAUCGAACAAGUUAAAUAUACAUUUAAUUUCAUAAACAGUAAGUCUCGAUCGGAGCUAGUGCCAAAUCUGACAUGGCAUUUGUAGGUGAACAUUCAUGAAUGCAGUGGAAAAAAAAUUGACCAAAUUCAGAAGAUAUUUACUCAUUUUAAAGGCAGUGCUUAAAAAGUUAUCAAUUCCGUGUGAAUCUACUCAAUGAAUGUAAUUACUCUGUAACGUGUUGCUUCAUUGCUGGAACGAUUCGUUUAAAGACUGACAGUUUUCAGACUCCACCUGAUGACAUCACAAGUCCUUUCAGAGACGAGGCGUUUCAAACUGACCCCAGUCUCCCUCCACAAGCUCUAAAUGAAAUGUAUUUUUGCAAGAAGAGAAUCUAUUUAAGAAACGUGUGAGGGAUGCGAUAAUGAGAGUUAGUGCCAUAUGUGAUAUGUGCAGGUUUUUGGGAGAUCCACGUCUACAGAGUCCAUUUGACUUCCGUUGCCUUAAAACAAAUGCACACUACUGCUAGCUAUCGUCAGACUGAAUGUCUCUGCUGUUCUGUCCCGGGUCGAUAUUGGGCCUUGCACAUACCGAGCAGUUCAUAGUCACAUGUUCAGGACUCUGAAGAACUUCUGAGGUGGUCCAACUCUUUGAUGGAGAUCAUCACGGCGCCUCGGUUUGGGUUCCAUCUAUUCAAUCAUCCGUGUUGCUCAGAGUCGCCAUCGUAAUUCAUGAUUCCAACAACGUCUUGGUUUUGUGAGUUUGACUUUGUUUUUGCAAAAGAAUGAUCCUUUUGUUUUAAAAAGGCCAACUCAUGAUUUAGCCAUAACCGGAGAGAACCAUGCAUUAGCUUUAUGAGCACUAUGUGUACCAAAAUAAAGAGAGUAUUCAGCCAU